UUUUUCAUUUCACUUCACUUGGUUUUUUCACUUCACUUCACUGUACUUGAUUUUUUCAUUUCACUUCACUAGCUUUUUUAUAUAUAUAUCAUGGUUGUUAUUUCUCGCGAAGAAGCAGUAUGUUUAUUUUAUGCUGUGCCGUACAAUGAGGAGAAUAUUAGAAAGUAUACCAAGAUUAUCGACGAACUAGAAGAUGUUGGAAUAUGCUAUUCAAGGAACCCCAAAAAACCAAAACUUUUAUGUACAAGAGUCAUUUACGCCAAUUGGUUCAUUAAAUUGUAUACAUCGAAAGAAACCAUUGAAAAUAAUAUGGAAGCGAGUAAAGAAGCAAAUGAAGAUAAUAAAGAGAAUGAAGAAGUUGAUGAAAUUGUUAGAACGAAAAAUAAAUCAACGCUUGCGCAAUUGAAACAAUUUAUGGAUAUUAUGUAUCUGCCAAAAGAUCCUAAGUCCAUAUCAUACGAGCGUAAAUAUUUGUCAUCCGAUAGCAUCAUGUCAGAUGUUCAAAACUACAGUUCGGUUUUUCGAGACGAACCUUUUAACAAAUUUGUUAGAUGGUGCUCCACGCAAAAGUUAGCGUUUCUAGACACAGCAGUUAAAAGAAAAUACAAAGCGUUACCAACGAAAUCUUCAUUACGAGGCAUAUACGUCUUAAAAGACUGCUUUAAAGAUGGUUGAUUAACGGGUCACGACUCUAUAGAAUGCUCAGAUGUCAGAGGAGAGAAAUGGAGAGCUGAAAUAAUUUCUCGAGCUGUAAGCUCAAUAGCAGUAAAAUCAGCUAUUGUCCACAAUGACUGUUCUAACCGUUGUGGACAAAGGAAAAUAGAAAUAUUAAAUAGAACAUUCAAACGUCCCUUCUAUAAGUGUUCGGACCUGAUUACUAUGAGGCAAUUGCUUUCGAUAGCAACAUUAUAAGUUCAUACCAAUCAAUGGGAGUUCAAUAUUGAGUUAAAGAGUAAAACGACCAAAAUCGCGAUACAAUGUCAUAAGAGCUAUUUCUUUUGAUUUGACCAAUCAAUACAAGACUGAGCAGAUUUGUUUAUUGUUCAACUCAUUCUCGCCCGUGACUGUCUUGAAGCAUUUCGUUGCUUUUUUCAAGACUAAAAGAGCUUAAUUGAAUUUACGUAAAAAGUCAUGUUUC